CGACUUACACGACCUUCCUCCCUUUGUGUGUUAUUUCUUCCUCGUCAUCUUAGGCGAGCCUCCUUCUAGUAGAUGUUGAAUAUGCUCGCUACUCUAUGCGGUUCUACUGAAUUUAUAUCAAUUAAAACACACCUAGGUACCUAGGUAAUCAAUCGGAACCUAGAAGAAAUGGCAAGCGAUGCGUUUACAGAGGACCAGUGGCGGACACUGUUUGCCCUAGUUGAUUCUGUUGUUCCCUCCAUAGUGGUAGGAAAACCUCAGGCUGCAACCAACAAUCAGAUCGCUAUCACAGAAGAUGAAUUCAACGGCCUCUACCGGCAAGUACAGAAGAAAAUAGAACGUCCGCCAACUGUUCAAGAGUUCCGUGAAUAUUUGUCGGCACGGCCUGUGGAUAAUCCCAAUUUUGUCGGUGCUCUCAAGGGUACAGUUGGCUGUUUAGCUCCCACUCCAGCAAAGCAACUCGGCUUCAUUCUCAGUCUCCUCGCGUCCCGUUUGGGCAGUUUACUCAGUUCUUGGUCCUUAACGCCCCUUGCCAAGCAGUCGACGCCUGUACGCGAAGCUAUCAUCCAAUCAUGGCAACGCGCAUGGCUGCCUCUCUGGCCUAUAGUCGCGAGCAACUUCGUGGCCAUGGGGAAAACGGCUUGGAGCGGUACGGACCCUCUCCUAUUAAAGAUCAGCGGAUACGAUCAGUACAUGCAGAACACCAGAAAGUCGGAGCCUGGCCCCACGGUCGAUUACAAGUUCUUGGAGUUCCAUGAUGGGCCCUCCAAAGGCGAGUCCAUCGAAACCGACGUGCUCAUCGUUGGGUCUGGCUGUGGCGGAGGCGUCUGUGCCAAAGUGCUUGCUGAAGCUGGUCAUCGCGUUACUGUAGUUGACAAAGGGUAUUACUUUCAGCCGAAACAACUCCCACUAUCGCUAGGCACUAUGUAUAACUUGUUUGAAGCUGGAGGCGCAUUAUCGACCGUCGACGGGUCGACUUUCGUUUCUGCGGGCAGCUGCUGGGGAGGGGGCGGCACAGUCAACUGGAGCGCGAGUAUUGCCACUCCGGAGGAAGUCAAGUCUGAAUGGGCGGAAGAGCAUGGACUGAGCUUCUUCAAAGAGGCUAGCUAUGAGGAGUCUAUGGACCGAGCCUGUAAGUUGAUGGGAGCCACCGACUCCCAGGUGCGCCUCAACCACGGUAACAACGUCAUUAUCGAGGGAUCUCGGAAGCUUGGUUGGCACUCUAAAGUCGUUGCGCAGAACACCGGCUCUUCGAGACACAGUUGUGGUAGCUUUUGCGCUCUUGGUUGCCGGACAAGUACCAAACAAGGCCCCGCCGUCAGCUGGCUACCAGCAGCGGCAAAGGCUGGUGCUCGGUUUGUCGAGGGGUUCGAGGUUUCGCAGAUAGUUUGGGAUAAAGCUGAUGGGCAGAAAAAAGCCGUUGGAGUUGUCGGAACCUGGACCCCUCGCGAUGGAGACGGCAACGUGCAGACCGCGAAGAACAAAAUCAAGAAGCAGAUUAACGUCAGAGCGAAGAAAGUCAUCUUGUCUGGCGGUUCGCUCCAUACCCCUCUCAUUCUGUUAAGGAGUGGGCUUACGAACACCCAUAUCGGAAAGAACCUCCACCUGCACCCUAGCGGCGUUUCGGUAUCGGUGUUUAAAGAAGAUGUUAGGGGAUGGGAAGAUGAAAUAUUGACGACCCUUAUGUACGAAUAUCAAAACCUUGACGGGAAGGGCCAUGGCGUUCGCGUCGAAAUAGCGAAUAUGCUUCCGUUCAUGUCCAUGCUUCAAAUACCAUGGAACAGUGGAUUGCAGUACAAGAUGGAUGCCCUAGGUUUCCGACAGAUGAACAACUUCCUCUCCCUCGCGCGCGACCGCGACACAGGCUCGGUAUACCCAGAUGUCGAUGGGAGCCCUACUGUUGCUUAUACGCCUUCAAAAUUCGAUCGUGCUAGCAUACAGGCUGGAGUGGUUGCCGCUGCGAAGCUCAGUUACAUCCAGGGGGCUGUCGAACUGAUCCCGCCGGUCCGCAGCAUCCCGAUCUUCAAAAGCGAUAAACCAGCUAGUGAAAGGAAGAUAGGCGAUACUGAAUUUAGUAGUUGGAUCCAGCAGCUCGAACAAGCCGACUUCAGUCAGGCGGUGCUGGUGUCUGGACAUCAGAUGGGUUCGUGCCGGAUGAGCGCGACCAAAGAACGGGGUGUGGUCGACCAAUACGGUAAGGUGUGGGAUACUGAUAACCUACACAUUGCGGAUGCAAGCGUAUUUCCGUCGGCGAGCGGAGUGAAUCCCAUGAUCACUAUAAUGGCCAUCUCGGAUCGCAUCGCUAGGGGCGUUGCAGCUAGUCUGGGAUGAAGGACUUCGAAAUCACAUCACCAAGGUUAGAGCCUCGGAUGCAACAAUAUGAGGUACGUAUCUUAGGGGGUAUGUACCUACAUAAAAAUUGGGAAGUAAUUUCAUAGCCUUAUUUGUAUUGUUCGUAGGAGAUUUGGGAGAACAUUUCUACCUCAUCAGUACGACUUCCCUAUGCGUGUUGUUACAAAUGCUAUACUUUGCCUACGAACCUUGAAUCUUCAUAGCAUAGCUGCUCCGACAGUUGCUCGAUAGGUAUGAUCUCAUAGAGAAGGUGGUUGGUUGAAUGAAACGAAAAUAAAUAAAAUCAAUGUGACGGCAAACCGCCAAGUUAAUAGUUGACACACCCCAGGGGGCGUAUUAUACGCAUACAUACAGGGAUGUACAUACUGUAGUACCAGGUAGGAAACACACCCUUAUUAAAUCCGUUUUUUCUUUUCCCUAAAAUUUACGAUAAGCCUUAGGUACUUGCUCUUUUCACUGACAUUUCAUC